UGUCAAAGAGCACAAACGCCAUCUUGACAGCAACCUCAAAAUGGCAGAAAGAUAUGAGUCAGAAACAGGGUCCAAACUAAGAUUCCGGCGCUCCACUACUUAAAACCAGAUACUUCAGAUAUUCUAUAAGAAAGUGGGCAUGGAGUUGGUGUGCGGUGCUACAGCACAGAGCCUGUAAAAUGGAUAUAACCGUGGCGGUUUUCAACGCGGCCAGAGAUGGUAAGCUGAAACUUAUCCAGAAGUUGCUGAGCAACAAAACUCCGGAGGAGCUGGAGGCUUUAGCGGAGGAGAAAACCCAGGGCAGCACCGCGCUUCUCAUAGCCUCUCGGUACGGACACUUAGACGUCGUAGACUACCUGCUCGAACAUUGUAAAGCCAAUGUUGAACUCGGAGGCUCGGUCAACUUUGACGGCGAGACUAUCGAGGGGGCUCCACCGCUGUGGGCGGCUUCGGCAGCGGGUCACCUCCCCGUGGUGAAGACGCUGCUGAAACACGGCGCCUCGGUUAACAACGCCACGCUCACCAACUCCACCCCGCUCCGAGCCGCUUGCUUUGACGGCCACCUGGAGAUCGUUCGCUACCUGGUGGAGCACAGAGCGGACAUGGAGGUCGCCAACCGCCACGGCCACACCUGCCUCAUGAUUUCGUGCUACAAGGGCCACAAAGAGAUAGCCAAGUUUCUCCUGGACCGUGGGGCUGACGUGAACCGAAAGAGUGUGAAAGGGAACACGGCCCUCCAUGACUGCGCUGAGUCUGGGAGUCUGGACAUCAUGAAGAUGCUGCUGAAGUGCAACGCCCGCAUGGAGAGGGAUGGGUAUGGGAUGACCCCCCUCCUGGCUGCCAGUGUGACGGGUCACACUAACAUUGUGGAGUAUCUGGCCCACCAGCCUCGCUCUUCCAGAGAGGAGCGGAUCGAUGCACUGGAGCUUCUGGGAGCAACGUUUGUGGACAAGAAACGCGAUCUGUUGGGAGCGAUGAGAUACUGGAGAAGAGCCAUGGAGCUGAGGGAGGCGGGCGACAAAGCUGGAUCGCUGUCCAAGCCUCCGCCUGGUCCUCCCAUCCCUGCCUACGGAUGUGCCCAGGAGGUGAGCACUGCAGAGGAGCUUGAAGCUUUAAUCACUGAUCCUGAUGAAAUGAGGAUGCAGGCCUUACUGGUUCGUGAGCGCAUCCUUGGCCCAUCCCACCCGGACACAUCUUAUUACAUUCGGUACAGGGGAGCUGUGUAUGCUGAUUCGGGCAACUUUGAGCGCUGUAUCAGUCUGUGGAAAUAUGCUUUAGAGAUGCAGCAGAGCAACUUGGACCCCCUCAGUCCCAUGACAGCCUCCAGUUUCCUCUCCUUUGCAGAGCUCUUUUCUUUUGUUCUUCAGGACAGAGCCAAAGGCACCCUGUCAACUCGCAUCACCUUCCAGGAUCUAAUGACUGUGCUGGGGAAAAGCGUGAGGGAAGUCGAAAGAGCUGUGGCACAGAGAGACAACCCGCCAGAAGCCCCUCAGUUCAACAAGGCGCUUUCCAUCAUUCUCCAUCUCAUCUUUUUACUGGAAAAGCUCGAGUGCAACCCCGAGCAGGAACACCAAAAGAAGCACACGGUCUACCGGCUGCUCAAGCUCAACCCUCGAGGUCGGAACGGAUUCACGCCGCUCCACAUGGCCGUGGACAAAGAGACCACAUCUGUGGGCCGCUACCCAGUGGGCCGCUUCCCCUCCCAGGCGGUGGCAGCGCUGCUCCUAGAGUGCGGCGCAGAUGUCGAUUCGCGGGACUGCGAGAACAACACCCCGCUGCACGUUGCCGCCAUCAACGGUUGCCCAGAGAUAAUGGCGCUGCUGGUGAAGGCGGGGGCCCACUUCGACGCGACGAACGCUCAGAGGAAAACGGCUUACGAGCUGUUGGAUGAUCACAGCGGCGGCCACACAGCACUGUACCCGUUGAACUACAUCACCCUUCAGUGCCUGGCAGCUCGUGCGAUUGAAAAGCACAGGCUGCCUUACAGGGGCCUGAUCUCUGAGGAGAUGGAGGCUUUCAUUGAGCUCCACUGACUUCCAUGAAGAGACUCCCCUUUAACAAACAAUCUGUGUUCAUCAUUUUCUCCACUUCUGGCUCUAAUGGCAACGUGUCAGACCAAACCAUAGCAAUAAACCCACAUCCUCUGGGAGUAGUCUCUGCUUCCGAUCUGGAAUAAAUUUUCUGAUGAAGUCACAAAGCCUGUUUUAAACUUCUUGGUUUCUGGUAUAAGAAUGGAAAAAAUUGUAAUAACUUAAAACUGAAGACCUCAACUCAAUCUUCUAGUUCCUCUGACUUCACUUGACUUUUGACUUUAAAUUAUUUGAAAUUUCAAAUCAAAUUCAACUUGUAUUUUUAUUUGAAUGUGUCCCUUUAUUAAAAUAGUUUGUUUUAUUAGCUUCUUGCUAUUUUAAACUUCUUUCCCAGAAUCCAAUACAACAUUCAGUUAUGUUGCAUAAAAGGGUACACAAAGGUACCAUAGAAAAUAAUUCCUCAAGUCAUUUAAUUAGUUUAAACAAAUUACAAGGAGGUCCAAAAGAUACGUACUGUCCAAGAAACACGCGGAUCAAAAAUUAGAUGAAUGGUCAACUUCUUUAAACCCUUUUAGUUAAACAACUGCAAAAUUAUUUUACAUGCUUUUCAAAAUAUGUUCUAAUUUUUGGUUUGAAAAAAACUGAUCUAAAUUUUGUUAAAACUACCAUCUCGAUUUGCCAGUCCAAAGUGAUUAACUCGUUUUGUUAAACAGGUCAAAUCUCGGUGUUAAGAAAAAGUCCACACUUUGUUAAAUGAAAGUAAACUGAAAAAUAGAAAAUAUUUACAUUUUCUGAGUGAAAACCAGUUUCCAGGUCAUUUUCUAAUCUAGAAAUAAUUCUCUACCUAUAAUGUUUUUUAGUUCAUCCAACACUGUAGACGAGGAAGUUUAGAACGAUGCUUGUUUUCUAAAAGCAUUCAUUGUUUUCCGUGUUAACAUUGUGUGUCUUAUUUGAUCAAAACAUACAAUGUCGCUUUAGCAAUAGUUGUACAGAAAAUACACUUUCUUUGAAAGAUUUUGCUUCAAAAUGAGAUGGGUAAGAAACUGUGAAAAAGGCCAGACAUUAUUUAUGUUGUGUGUAAAAUGCUAAGGUGCCAGAAGUUUUGUUACUAUGUAAUCAUUAACAUUUAAUUCUGGCAAAUAAAUGCAUUUUGGAAUUACUAAUAUUUUUGCAAACUAGUAAAAUUUGAUGAUGAUUCUUAAGUUGACAACUUGAGACUUGACUUAGAAUUCCUUCGCCAUGACUUAGAGCUGAACUUUUGACUUCUUUCUUUUCUUGCGACUUGAAUGAAAAGACAUGAGAUUUGGUUGUGACUAGCAAAUUGAUGACUUACUCCCACCUUCUCUGUUUUAGAGUUUCUCCAACUAAAAAGGAGCAUCACACCAUCAUCAGGCUUUUUGUAAAAUAAAGGCUUUUGAUUUCUGGCAUCCGAUCAAGAUAUUCAGAAAACAUGCAUGAAAAUGAAGUGUGGUUAUGGAAGUUCAACUCUUGUUUUGUUUAUUUAUAUAUCAACUCAAACUAGCAGGUUUUUCACUUAAUGUCUGUUUAAUAUGGGAAAUGUAUUUAGAUUACUGUGCCAAACAUUCUGUUACUGACUUAUCUGAUUUAAAAUAAAGUGUAACUUCGAGCAAGGACACUAAUUCAACAGUAGUAGAGGACUAGUAAUUUCAGUGUCUUAAUAUUUAAAACUGCAAUACUCUUUGUCAGCCUCCAGAACAAUUACUUGAAAGACUUGAGAAAAUUGGCAUUGAUUGGAUUGCAUAAAACAGGCAGCAACAAAGUCGACUCUUAUUAGUGUUUCUAGCCUGUGCAGUUUGUUUUAUUUCAAUUAGAGGUAUAUUCUUUUUUUUCCCAAGCUAAAAGUAUCUCUGCAGAAUUGUUGUUCUAAAUGACACAUGCUUAUCCUACAGACGGAGAUAAUUGACUCUGGUUGCUUCGUUCACAAUAAAUUGCUGUCUUCUGAGUGUAUUGACUAAGAAUGCCUUCUUAGUUUUCUCAUCCUCUCUCAGCAAAUUGUUUUAGUAUUACAAAGCUUGGAAGUAUGUCGACAUCCAUCUUCUUUCUGUAAUUACACCAGCAGCUAAUGUGUUCAGUUGAAUGUCAAUAAGACCGUUUCAGACUGUUAUUGGGGAUUACAGACGACAUUUGUGUGAAAGAGUGAAAGAGUCCCACUUUUGCCCUUUGACCUCAAAUGCAGCUCAGAAAUAAAACGGAUGGCUUCUUAAGCCAUUAUUGCGUCUUAGUCUUACAAACACAAGACUUUAUUUUUGUUGAUCUUGUAUUUAUUGCUGAUUGUGUGAAACUGAAAGCACACCAAGCGGCUCUGUGAACUCUGGGAUCCGUAAGGUCAGGCUCCAAGCUGACGCCGCCUUUCUUACUGAACUCAUUCAUUUUACCUGAUGACGGCUUGCGAGCAAAAGUGUCUUGGAGAUAUCUGAAUAAAAUUCAGAAUUCAAAGAUAA